CUUUGGUGUUGAUUUCCCCAAGACUUCGGAAUAUGGGGGACACAAGACAACGUUGGAGGUUAGCUCCCCUGGGUUUUAUGCCAGAAAGAGCUGACAUUGUUCUUUUGUUUCGUUGAUGGCAGAGCUGCUGCGGGAGAACAAACGUAUGCUAGAUAAGUCCAUCAGGGAGAUCGAGAGGGAGAGGCAGGGCCUGCAGACUCAGGAGAAGAAGCUCAUCGCUGAGAUCAAGAAGGUGGCCAAGCAAGGACAGAUGGGAGCUGUAAAAGUUAUGGCCAAGGACCUUAUUCGCACAAGGCAUCAGAUCACGAAAUUUUAUGCCCUGAAGUCCCAGUUGCAAGGUGUAUCUCUUCGUAUUCAGACCCUGAAAUCAACACAAGCAAUGGGAGAAGCCAUGAAGGGCGUCACAAAAGCCAUGUCACAGAUGAACAGGCAGAUGAAUCUACCAGCACUCCAGAAGAUAAUGCGGGACUUUGAGAUGCAAAAUGAGAAGAUGGAAAUGGUCAGCGAGGUUAUGGGUGAUGCCAUCGACGAUGCCUUGGAGGGUGAUGAGGAGGAGGAAGAAACAGAAGAGCUAGUUAGCCAGGUCCUCGAUGAAAUCGGCAUCGACAUCAACUCUGAGCUUGUCAAGGCCCCGGCUACCGCAGUCGCCAUGCCGGUUGCAGCGGGAAAAGCGCCUGUUCAAGCUGAAGCUGCGGGCGGGAUGGACGGUGGAAUAGAUGAUGACUUGCAGGCACGGCUUGAUAACCUGAGGAAGAUGUGAGCACUGGACUCUGACGGAUUGUCCACGCCCGCAAUUCUCUGCCUGUAGUUUUGUACCAUAAAUGCCACUCCGGCAAAUCUAUUGACGUAUCAUUUGCAGUGUGUUUGGCAUUGACCAUCUGUAUAUAGACAUAUCAUCAUAUUUUCAAUAAAUCACAUACUAGGCUUGGUCUUUCUA